CCCUCUUUUAAGUUCUAUUUUGCAGGUGCAACUGAGGCAACUUACAAAUGCUUUUCCCUCAAAAUCGUCAGAACGCCAUGCUCUGAGCGACAUUUGAUGCCUUCGAAGUAUUGAGCAACUUCGCGAUUCAUCUCGUCGAAACAAGGCGGACAUGUGUGGGCGUUACUCUCUCGCAUUGCGCCCUGGGCAGUUGCGUCAAAUGUUGCAAGACGACAACAUGCCAGUCGAUGAUACUCCCGACGAUGCGGGCGAUGGAGCUCCUCGUCAGUCGUACAACUUCGCACCGGGCUAUCAUGGUAUCGUCUACCGUGCUGUUGUUCCCGAUCAUGGCGCCGGCCCGAAGCGCCAGGCCAAGGUGGGCUCUGAUGAUGUUGACCCUACCGAGCAAGCCGAUGCUGCUACACCAUCAGUGUCGCAGAACGAGGACAGCUCCAGCCCGAAAGAAGUCCGUUACAAGUUACAAUCUAUGAAAUGGGGACUUAUACCGUUUUGGACCAAGCGUAACCCGGACUACGGAAGUAUGAUGAAGACAAUCAAUUGCAGAGACGACUCCCUAGCGCAGGGUGGUGGCAUGUGGAACACCAUGAAGCAACGGAAGCGAUGCAUUGUCGUCGCGCAAGGUUUCUACGAGUGGCUGACGAAGGACGGCGCACGCGAGAAGAUGCCACACUUCGUCAAGAGAAAGGACGGCGCGUUGAUGUGCUUUGCCGGCCUCUGGGAUUGUGUUCAGUAUGAGGGCGACGAAACGAAGCACUAUACCUAUACCAUCAUCACGACCGAUUCAAACAAACAGCUCAAGUUCUUGCAUGAUCGGAUGCCCGUCAUACUCAACAAUGGCUCCGAGGAGCUGCGCACUUGGCUGGAUCCAAACCGACAUGAGUGGUCCAAGGAGCUCCAGUCGUUGCUGAAGCCUUUUGAGGGGGAGCUCAAGGUAUAUCCCGUAAGCAAGGAUGUUGGGAAGGUCGGUAAUAACUCGCCUACCUUCAUUGUUCCCAUCGACAGCAAGGAGAACAAGUCCAAUAUUGCGAAUUUCUUUGCCAAGGGGGCUGCGAAGAAAGGUGUCAAGGUCGAGUCGAUGGUGAGGAAAGAACCUGAGCAGCCUGAGGUGGGCUUCAAGAAGGAGGUUGACUUUGUGGAAGAGGACUCUACUGAAUUGAAAAAGGCCGAUACAAACAAUGUCGACAGCAGUGAAGGCAAGACGGCGGGUAUCAAGCGAGAGGCUGAAGAAAGACUAGAAGGGGAAGAGCCUUCAGCCAAGAAGGUGGCCACGAAGUCAACGACGUCAAUCAAGUCGCCUUCACCGCAGAAGGGUAGAGUCAACAAGGUCAACGCCACGAGCAAUGGCACCAAGAGCCCUGCUUCUAACAAGGGUACACAAAAAAUCACUAAGUUCUUUGGGAAUAUUUCUUGAGCCUGCUAUCGUCGAGUCUCGAGUAGCUGGUGUUUCUCCCGGCAUUGGCGUUUAAGAGGCAUGGUCUGUUUAUUUGCUUGGACUUGGAGUCUGUCCCUAGUAUUUCGGCUGUGUUCGGAUGUGAUAUGUAAGGCUGCGUUGCAAAAGUUUAGGGGUAUACUACAGCUCAAGGCUCGAGGUAUGCUUUGGAAAGAGUUACGAUGACGUUCAUAUGUUUGUCGAUUGCAGUUGAGAAUACCUAGCUUGCAAUGAGCAAGAACCUGAUGGUUUCGACAUAUUAAAUUCCAUGUUUGACUCCAAGUUGGUGAAGCGAUCUUGAUGAUUUGGCAGCGGUGGAUUCUUUCCUGGCAACACCUCUUGGGUCAGUGAAGGGCCGGGGUUAGGAGAUCCAAAGCUUUGGGAGAUCUACAAUCGGUCGUGCAACA